GGCGUCAUAGCGAUUUUCCGAUCUGCAGAUUUUAAACAGUGCUCAAGCACUGGAGAUGUUACCUAAGCGGGUAACGAAACGUCUGCAAGAAAACAACCAAGCUCAGAGAGCCCCAAGGACUCCACAAUUUAAACAGUGCAUCUGGCAAGUUGGUCCAACUUGCCAGAUGCACUACAGAAAAAUGGUAGCCUUCUUCCCCAACCUGGAGCACGCCCCCACUGUAUCUGUUGGACUAUAAUUUUUGCCUUUCCCUGGCUGAGCCUGAUGGGAGGUGACACCGAAAUAGGCGAAUGUGUGGGGUUGCGCAGAGAGUGUUGUUGCGGCUUGGUGCCUUUCCUUUAGAGUUAAAAUGUCGCGAUGAAGCAUAAACCAGUGUCAGAGGUGGGUUUGUACAACUCAUUCAGCUAAAAUGCGUGACCGGUGCUCCGCGACCCGAGCCAUGAUUAAUUUGUACGCUAGUUCCCAGACAUACAAACCAGAUUUGCACGUAGCCUGCCCAGACAACGAAAACAGCGUACAACGUGUUCUCGAGUCCAACACGUGUGGACGCCACGUGGGUCAGUUGCCUUUGAAGAAUCACGUGUCUUGUUUCGACUGGUUUGCUAAGGUUUUGAGAACCUUUACCUUUGUCUCGAGAUCCGGUAUUUUUUUCAACGGAAAGGGGACAUCUUUUUCAGCCAUGAGUGUGGAUUGGAUUGGCUAUGGCUAUGCUGCGUUGGUUGCCUCCGGUGGAAUAGCUGGGUAUGUAAAAGCAGGUAGUGUCCCUUCCUUAGCUGCUGGUCUCCUCUGUGGUGGGUUAGCAGGAUUGGGUGCUUAUCAGCAGUCAAAGGACCCAAAUAAUAUUUGGCUUUCUCUGGCUGCAUCUGGAACCUUGACUGUCCUGAUGGGAAUGAGAUUCUAUAACUCUAGAAAACUGAUGCCUGCAGGGUUAAUUGCUGGUGCCAGUCUAUUAAUGGUAGGCAAACUUGGACUACAGAUGAUGGAAAAACCUCUUUAGCCAUAAUCAUGCAACAAACAAAAAGCAGAUGAAAGGCCUACGGAGACUGCCCUCACAAUGCCUAUUUGGAACAAAACUGAAGACAAUAUUAUGCUUUUUAAAAUUAUACCAUUUGCAAAGUUUUUAAACUAUAAAAUGUGUUCAGGAUUUGUAAAGAGUCAGUUAUUACAUAAUUGUAGCUUUCAUGUCUCAGUUUUUAUGUAUGCAUUUCUUGUCAUAACUCCAAACAUUUUAUGAUGAUGAACGGGAAACAUAUGGUAAAUGGUGUUGCUGAUGCCUUGCAGGAAAUAUGCUUGUUUAACUUAGUGUCAUCAUGUCUCCAAACUGAAAUUCGUCUCUAUGUAUUUAUACAUAAGGAGUUUCACUCAAAAGCAAAAAGUUUAAAAGUUCUCUUUAAAAUCAGCUAAAAAUUAUUAAAUGUCUAAGAGCCUUAUGAAUUGUGACUUAUUUCCUAAUUUUAAAUAAAUUUGAAUACCAAAA